ACAACAGCAGAUCAUCACAACACACCAGUGUGAGAGAGAACAAAGAUUCAACACAAACUGCAGUUCAACAGUAGAAAUUGGAGGAUCUUCCAGCUACAAAUGGAGAACGGCAGGAGGACCAUGGUCCUCGACAGGUUAAACAGAAGGUUUAGAGACCGCGACCCGGAAAAACAGGCUCUUGAAAAGAAAGUGGAGAAGCUCAGGGCUCACCUGGAAAGGGCUAACAAUAGCUACAGAGUAGUGGAAAACUUGCACAAUCAAGAGGAAAGUGGCAGACAGCAGGAGAAACCCAGCAACCCGCAGGAAUUGAAGAAGCUGAAUAACUUGUGGAGGCAGGUGCAUGAAAUAUACCUCCGAGAGCAUCAAAUGGGGCUGCAGCUCAGCAAAGAACUGGAAAUGACCAAACAACAACUGGCUAAUGAGAAGGCUCUCAAAGAAAUGUUCAUUUACAAAGUGUUUGAAGCAGACAAUGAACUGGAUAGGCUGAGGAAGAGGCUCUUUAAUAACAGAGAGACCACGGACGACAUGGAGAUCGCCACUGGAGUUCACAAUGAAAGGAAGCAGAAGAAGGUGAUUCAAAAAGAGUUGGGGGAGCUGACAGCGGCUUACACAAUCAGCCAGCAAAAAUUCUCAGCAGAGCUCCAGGUUAAGAAAGAUCAAAAUAAAGCUCUUCAGCAAGAACUCGAGCAGCUGAAAGUUUCACAUCAGAUCAGCCGGAGGUAUGAAACUGAGCUAAAGGCUGAUAGAGAAGAGAACCACAGCCUUCAGAAACAGCUUGAGGAUGAGAUUCAGCACAAAGCCGAAAGGAUGCCAGAGGAGCUGGAGGUCAUAAAGCAGCUGAGGGCUGAGGGCAGCGCCCUGUUUCAUCGGAUGGAGGAGGAGAUCCAGACCCUGAGGAACCAGAGCCAGGAGCUGGUCACUAAGCUCCAGACUGAGGCCGAGGUCAGUCGGGGCCUCCGAUCUGAACUUACCAAGCUCAAAGAAGAGCAGAAGGACGAGACCAGGAAGCCUGCCAAGGAGACUCCUACCAUGAUGAUGGAUGAUAGAGGAGACCAAAUACUGAAGAGAAGCUUGAGAAUCAAAAAAAGAAACUCAGCCUAGAAAAACAUGUAAUGAUAGAUCUAUAAAAAGUCAAUAAAGCAUUAAAAAUGACUAUGUUUGCAUGAAAUGUUUUCUUGUAUUUUAAUUGUU